CAAGAACUCCCACAACGAAGCGGGGAUGCCGGCGUGCUCGAAUGGAUGCUUCCAGUACGUGUUCUACGUGGCAUAUGCAUCAACCCGGUGUGGUAUUUUGAUGAUGCGACGUGGCGGCUUCCUCUUUGUGUCCAUGGCGUCCGCGUUGAUCUCCUUUUGCGCCACGGUGUUCAUACGUUAUGUGUCGCCCGCAAUCGCAAGCACUCCGCACGGCACAUGCAUAUCGCGGCGCGUGCGCCGUCAUGGUCGUCAACAUCAUGUACAAUUACAUCUUGUGCUUGAUCACAAACCCGGGUGUUGUGCCGAUUCGCCGCCUCGAAGACGUGAUGGAAUUCAACCACGACGAGUCGGACGACGAUGCCGACGAAAAUGUGGUCACGAUCGACCCCCUCAUUCCGCCCUUGUCCGACAAACAAAAGUGGACGUCGUUUUGCCGUACGUGCAAAAUAACGCGACCGGACCGCGCGCACCAUUGCUCCAUUUGCAACGCCUGUGUCGACCAGAUGGACCACCACUGCCCUUGGCUCAACAACUGCGUCGGCGCCAACAACACCCGGUACUUUAGCAGGUUCCUCGUCUGGAUCACGAUUGCGUGCUGGUAUUGCUCAGUCCUCAGCUUCUCGCCGGCCGUCGGCCGAGUGAGCAAGAUGGAGCUGUCUGAAAUGGCGCAUGUUCUGAGCACUAACAUGUUGUUGCUCGGCCCACAAGCUUCCAUGUACGCGCUUUUUCUCAUCACGACGUCGUCGGGCAUCCUCCUAGCCUUCCUCACGACGUGGCAUCUCUACUUGAUCGUGACGGCCCAGACCUCGAUUGAGUACCAAAUCAACCGAUCCAAAGCAGCAAUGCGGAAAAACGGAGGGCGAGUCGUGUCGCCGUAUGACAGGGGCAGUGCUCACGCGAAUUGGGAGCACGUGUUUGGACCGUGCAGGUACAAGCUGUGGAGCUUCCUGCCGAGUCUGCCUCGACCACUGGCCGUACUGUCGCCCAGGUCACGACCAAAGCCAGAGGAAAGCAUGGUUUAAUCACGCAGCAGUGUACUUUUCGAGUUUCAACAGCGUGUCACCGCAACUAUCUCCGAGCACUUGCUUGAUAGUGUCGUGCCAAGCGUGUCGGCGAGGCUGCCAACCAUCGAUCGCAGUGUUACCGCUUACUCCGUCGCCAGAGGGAAAAUUUAAAUCUAUGGGGGGCUGCAGUUGCAGCUGCUUCAGCGACUACUGCGGCAACGCUUCCAAUUGGCUUCUGUGUACGCGCUGUGCGUGCCUGACGUCGCCGACGCCACGCCGUUUGAAUUGCAGUCGCUGCGGUCUCUCUUUCGUGCACAACGGUUUGGUGUUUUGAGCGCAAUCGAUGGACUGCCGCCUGCAUCUCUGGCACGGCAUCGACCUUCAACUCCUACAACAUUGCCGCCGUUGUGUGACACAUUUGCCACCGCCGAUGUAGUCUUUUGGGUGUACGUUGGCCAAGGCGAGUGCUGCUUCGACCCUGUUAUCCUGCUCCACUUGCUUGCGACGAUAAUGCGCCGACGUGGGCCUGGAAUGCAUUCGUCAUGCCCCAAGUACGUGCUGAACUGGUUCGUACAAAGAUGCCGUCGUUGCUGUCACGCGUCCUUCACCCUCUCGUUGGCUCAGCUCGAUGGCUUUGACAUUUCUCCAAGUAUGCGGAGCUUCGUGUUGCAAAGCCAACGAAGGCGCUGGUGGCCGCCGCUCUAGACUCGGGCCGUUUGUGGCAGGGCAUGCUGACGACGCUUGUAGCUUCUGUAGCUGGCGCUUCCACUCCUUCAGAACAGGCGUUGGCCAUUUUUUCAAAAGGGACGCUCACCUCAAGCCCUGCAUUCGACAUUAAGUACCCCGUCCUGCGCAACUCUGAGCUUGCUGAACAAACGAAUCGAGUACCGAUUCCGGGUCGUCAGCACGUGUGCGAAUUGCACGCAGUCUUCCAGCUCUCGCUACGAGACAUGAUGCCAUGAAGGGGGAAUUAAAACGUCGUUCCCCCAACUCGAGGUUCAACCUACUUCUGUGCUGUGCUUGUAGCG